AUGAAUUUUUUGAACCGGCCUAAUAUAGAUUGCAAUAGGAAAUCACCAUUCCUAGUAAUACUGGUAACAUCUGAAAUUGGCCAAGCUAAAGCCCGAAUGGCUAUUCGUGUGACAUGGGGCAAGGAAAGAGUAAUAGCUGAUAAGCUCAUCGUGACCUAUUUUCUCCUGGGAACUAAUUUGUGGGCCCAUGACCGGAUUGUGGUUACUACAGAAAAUUUAAUAUAUAAAGACAUAAUCCAAAAGGAUUUUGGGGAUACAUAUUAUAAUUUAACUUUAAAGACUUUGAUGGGUCUUGAAUGGAUUCACAAAUACUGUCCACAAUCUACCUUUGUGAUGAAAACAGACUCUGAUAUGUUUGUGAACACCUAUUACCUCACUGAACUUCUUUUGAAAAUAAAUAAAACUACUAGAUUAUUUACAGGUUUAAUAAAAAAUCAUGACCUUCCAAUAAGGGAUCCAUACAGCAAGUGGUUUGUGAGCAAAGAGGAUUUUCCAGGGAGAAAGUACCCUCCAUUUUGUUCAGGAACUGGUUAUAUUCUCUCUACAGAUGUUGCAAGUCAAGUGUAUAUAGUUUCAAAUAAGGUCCCUUUCCUUAUGCUGGAGGAUGUGUUUGUAGGUCUGUGCCUUGCUGAACUAAAAAUCAAACCAGAAGAACUCCAUUCAGAGCCAGCCUUUUUUGAAAACCAAGUUCCGUUUUCUCUUUGCCGCUACAGAAAAAUAAUCACAAGCCAUCAUAACACCCCUACUCAAAUCCUUGUUUAUUGGUUUGGGCUGGAGAGUUCCAUGGAUGAAGAAUGCCCAGACGACGUAGGAUCCAGUAAUACUGGGCUAGAUGGCAAACAGUAA